GUUGACGACGCUGUCAACACGUACAAAGCACUCACUAAGGAUGCAAAGGUUCUACCCGGAGCUGGCGCAGUAGAGAUUGAACUGGCAAGACAAAUCGAGUCUUUCGGAGAAAAAUGUGCUGGUCUCGAGCAAUAUGCUAUCAAGAAAUUUGCUUAUGCAUUGGAAACAUUGCCAAAGUGUAUUGCAGAAAAUGCUGGAAUGGAUGUGAGUAAUUAA